UAUGGGUGUUGUGCGUUUCCUUUUUGUUGGCUACAAAAUUUCAGAUUGGUUAGUUGGUAGGUCACACAAUAGCUCGAUAGCCUAUGAGGACAGCUUCUUAAAAAAAGAAGACGAAGACUAUUUUUUGACGUUUAGGAGUGCUAUAACUUCAAUUUUACAAAUAAAUACAUUCUUUAAACUCUUCAAAAAUGUUAAAAAUAUUCAGAUUGUACAACAUUCAUAGGACGACACGACUCAACAAGACUAUACAACCCUUGUUUACUCUUACAAAAUGUGACCGACAUUCAAGUCUUCAAAGUGUAUCCAGAAAAUAUGAAAGAAAGAAAAGAGAAAACUACAAUUCCCAUAUCAAUAUACCUGGAAUGAUCUUCACCUUGGGCUUGGGAGUGGUAUUUUGCGAAAUAAAACUCUUUGAUAGAGAUGAAAAGAAAUUAUUCAAAGGUUGUAUGUUUGGUUUAACACAUGAAGUGAGAAGGUUGAUCAAAGAAGGGGUUGAUGUCAAUAAACGACAUCAUUUGGGAUGGACUCCACUCCUGGUUGCUACAAUAAAUGAACAACAUGAUAUUGUUGAAAUUCUACUCAGAGCAGGGGCUGAUCCAAACUUAGCUGAUAACUACAUAAAUGCUAAUAGAACAGCACAUGAAAAAGGAAUGCACCCUAUUGAAGUCUUAAUGAUUCGUGAUGAAGAAUUCUCAAGCAGCUUGAAUAAUAAAGCAACAUUCUUAGGAUUCACUGCUCUCCACUAUGCUGUUUUAACUGAUAACUUAGAAAUUGUGAAGCUUUUAUUAAAGCAUGGUGCAAAUCCAAUGAUAGAGAAUGACAUUGGGCACACUCCUAUGAUGUAUGCCAAAGAUGAUGAUCUGAAACAAUUCCUGGAAAAGGAAAUUGCAAUUUAUGAGGAUAAGCUGAAGGAAAAAGAAAUGGAAGAAAGAAGGAGGUAUCCCUUAGAAGAAAGGUUACAUAAACACAUAGUAGGCCAAGAGGGAGCAAUAGCUAUUGUUGCAGCAACUAUCAGAAGGAAGGAAAAUGGUUGGGCUGAUGAUAAUCACCCUUUGGUAUUUCUUUUUUUGGGUUCAUCAGGUAUUGGCAAGACAGAGUUGGCUAAGCAACUGGCAGCUUAUAUUCACAAAGACAAACAGCAAGCUUUCAUUCGUUUGGAUAUGUCAGAAUAUCAAGAAAAACAUGAAGUCGCAAAACUCAUCGGAGCCCCACCAGGUUACAUAGGCCACGAUGAUGGGGGUCAACUGACGAAAAAACUGAAAAAGUGUCCUAAUGCAGUCGUCCUGUUCGAUGAAGUGGAUAAGGCCCAUCCGGACGUGCUGACUGUUUUGCUGCAACUUUUUGACGAAGGUCGACUGACUGACGGCCAAGGAAAGACCAUCGAAUGCAAAGACGCCAUUUUCAUAAUGACUUCGAAUUUGGCGAGCGAUGAAAUCGCUAGCCACGGACUCCAGUUGAGGAAGGAAAUUGAGAAACUCAAGCAGGAACGAUUGAGUGUAAAAGAUUCCAAAGAGAAUGAACAACAUAUUUCCGAUAAUAUUACAAUAUCUCGGAAAUUCAAAGAUGAGGUGGUGAAGCCCAUUCUGAAAAGGCAUUUCAAGAGAGAUGAAUUUCUGGGCAGGAUAAACGAAAUCGUUUAUUUCCUGCCAUUUUCGAGGAAUGAAUUGAUCCAGUUGGUUACUUGGGAAUUGCAAUGUUGGGCCCAAAGAGCUAAAGAUAAACACAAAAUCGAGAUAAAAUGGGAUAGGAGCGUAGAAUCGGCCCUGGCAGAUGGCUAUGACGUCAACUACGGUGCCCGAUCCAUCAAGUACGAAGUCGAACGCAGGGUGGUAAACCAGCUGGCGGCCGCCCACGAGAAGGGCCUCAUCGGCAAAGGAUGCACCGUGCAGGUUAGCGCCAUCUGGCCGGAGAACUGCGAAUCGGCCGAAAUCAGCCUGAGGGUGCGCAAGAAGGGCCUGAAGGAUUUCGUGGAGAUCGACCAAACCGGGCUGACCUUGAAGAAUUUGGCCUCGAUAUUUCGAUGAGCUGUUCUCAGUUAACACCAACCAUUGGCCCAGCAUUUGUAAAGCACACACUUCUCCGGGGAGUGCAUGAACUUUCUCGGCGUCCAGGUGUCC